AUGGAUUUUUAAUCGCGUUUUAAGGGAAAGAUGACCGUGAUGAAUAAAGAUGGAGUGAUAGGAAUGGUCAGCAAGCCUUCAAUUCCCAUUGCUAAAAAUAACCAAUACAUGGCUUCGUAGGAUGAAAUCUCUCCAACCCUCCCGACACUCGGACAUUACACUGAAGGAAUAAGGGAAACCAAAUCUCAUAUUUUCACCCAUAUCCAAUCAUCACCUAAUCAAGGAAACUCAACCAACUAUGCUUAGAAGUUUUCUAAUGCGGGCUCUUAAGUUGUUAAAUAAAAUCAUGUUAAAACAGAACAUCCUUAUUAUCUAGAUGAUCCCAAGAAACAGCAAAAUCAAUAUCAAUUCAGAAUGCAAUAGGAUUUUAAUUAACUGGAUAUGGAUGAAUACGAAAUAGUUGCCAUUCCAAAAACGAUGUUAGGUUAACUUCGCCAAUAAAUGAGUGUUGAUAAGUACGGACUAACUCGGAGCUUCGGUCCUGAUAAGAAAAUGCCAAUGGAAUUCUCUUAACUAUCACCUUAAAUUACUACUUAAUGUCCCAGUUACAAUUAGACGCCUCUCCUCAAAAAACAGAACACCAUCGAUCAAAUACUUAAGCCCCCAUUAAAUAAGCAAAAGUCGGAGAAGAUGGAGAAAAAAAACUAAAUCAUCUAACAAGCAGGCAUUGGAACUUUAAGAUACAAUUCCUAUAGUAAAAGAUGA